AUGCGAACCGACGCCGAGUUCAACGAAGUGCUCGAUCAGUUUGCCAAGCACAAGGCGUGUGCUGUCCUCCGCACGGGAGUCGAAGGUGCGGCGUACAACGCCAUGGACGCCGCCGUCCAAGGCGGCUUCAAGCUCGUUGAAUUCACCCUCACCACCCCAGGCUGCCUCGACGCGGUUUCCCGAUUUGCCUCCCGCACCGACGUCUUGACCGGCUGCGGUACUAUUCUCAACAUCGACGACGCCAAGAGAGCUUUGGACGCUGGGUCGAAAUUUAUCGUUGCUCCGAUUUUGAUUCCGGAAGUUGUCGAGUGGUGCGCGGCGAACAAAAUCGUCUGCAUCCCGGGCUGCCAAACCCCGAGCGAGUUGUACCGCGCGUACAGCCUCGGCGCCCCCGUGCAAAAGCUCUUCCCGGGUGUCGCCGGUGGCCCUAACUGGGUUCGCGCCGUCGCCUCGGCGCUUCCGAUGCUUCGAAUCAACCCGACGUCGGGCGUCGAAAUCGACACCGCCGCCGACUACUUGCGUGCGGGCGCCGCCUCUCUCGGUUUCGUCGCCCCGGCGUUCGAUCAAAACGCCAUCAAGGCGGGUGAUUGGGACGCCAUCUCCAAGCGUGCGACUGAAAUUAUUGCCGCCGUGAAGGCCGCGUAA